CUCUCUCUCUCUCUCUGUUUCUCUAGAUGUGAAACCCUAAAGCAAUGGUAGACGAAGGAGGACGCGGAGCGCCACACGGAGUACUCCUAGCCGUAGUAGUAGGCGUCGUAGUCUCCGGCCCCUUCCUUCUCGGCGACGGCGGCGAAGCCCUGAUACAAGCCUUCUCCGAUCUCCUCAGCCCUGCCGGCCUCCUCCUUCUCCCCGUCUCUCUCCUUCUCCUCAUCCGCUUCCUCUCCUCUGACCGCGCCAACGCCCUCUCCGACCUCCUCUCCAUCGGCGGCGGCUCCCCGGACUCCAUCCACCGCGUCGGCGGCUCCCCUGUCGGCGUCGCCCUCAUCCUCAUCCUUCUCCUCUUCCUUCUCUACAACCGCUUUUCCCUCUUCGGCGGCGACGGCGACGGCGACGAGUAGAUGAUUUUACUGUAUUGCCCUUAUCCUUUCUGUUACUGUUCCGAUCUAUCCCGGGGCUCUUUUGUCUUUUCAUGUGUUCCAGCUUUGUAAAUUUCGAACGCAUCUUUGAUUUUACUGUUA